AUGAGCGAUCUCAAAGUCAAAACCGAGCAUGAUACAGCGGCUACCGGCACCGGUGCCAGUUUGGGUGCCAAUUCCAGACCUUCAGCUGGAGUAGACGUCAAGGACGAAGCCCGUUCGCCAAUGCUUACGGACAACUACGACGAAGAUGACUUGCCUGUUCCGGAGGGUAUCGAGGAGUUCGAUGAGGAGGCGGCGGGUGAGAAUUUGGACCUCAAUCUGGAUAGUGGAGCACAGAAUGUGUGGCUGGUGAGGCUACCGAAGUACCUUGCAGACCGGUGGAAGGACCCCAGCAAUCUGGAUGGACGCGAGUUGGGCAAAGUGAGGAUCACACAGCCAGUGGGGAACGAGCCGUUGAAGGUUAAAUUGAUUUUAGAUGAAAACGAGGCCCGUGACACUCCGCGCGAGUAUGAUAUCACAAUGACCAAGAAGGUUGUGGACAACGAGUAUGUGUUCAGCGAGAAGGAGCUGGAGCAUUUCAAAUCGGAGAGAACGGAGGUGGCGGCGAUGCCAGAACAGCCGCGUCUUCAACCAUUGAAUAAUGAGAUGACCAAGAAGACGUGGUAUCGUAAGCUCAACACCGAGACCAAAAAGGAUGAGAACGGCAAUGUUGUGCAGGAGCAACCAGGACAACAGCAGCGAUUUCGCAGGCGGUUUAUUCCGUAUGCGAAGACCAUUCCGAAAAAGACCGCAUUAAUCGGGAAGGUGGUUCACGAAUGUCAGGUGAUUCCGUCUGUUAAGGGUACAGACUACUCGAAGUUGCUCGAUGUAAGAAAGAAGCUACAAGCAGCAAAACCCAGGUCGAAAGUUGUUUUUAUGGAGAACGAUCUCGGUGUGGUUCAUGGUUCGGCUGGUCCAAGUAUCCAAAAGGGUAACACACUCCAGUUCAUCAAGAAAGAUAAGAAAGACAACCGGAGUGGUGAAGGACGUGCCAUCCGUAUGCCCAAGAGCGAGCUUAUUGAUUUGCUAUUCAGGCUCUUCAACGAGUAUGAUUACUGGAGCAUGAAAGGCUUGAAGGAGAAGACAAAGCAGCCCGAAACAUAUCUUAAAGAGUGUCUUGACUCGAUUGCUGAGUUGAUGAAGAGAGGAACGUAUGCGUUGAAGUACAGAUUGAAGCAGGAGUAUAGAACUACUCGUGAUGAGGAAAGGCGCAAGAGAUUGGAGGAGCAAGGUCAGGAUGUGGAUAUUGGACCUGAAGAUGACGAUGAGGACGAUGAUGAGGAUAUCGAGAUGGUUGACGUAGCCUAA